CCAAACUACCCCUGAAGCUGAAACUAAUAGAACCCUCAUUGAGCCGCCCAUCCACUUCUCAGCAUCUCCACUCUCCUUGAUGAAUGGCACCCUCACUUCCGCUCACAAACAUCUCAAAUCCCACACGGGCCACAUCCCAGCCCUCUUCAAGCAAUCUCUUUAUAUCCCCACCUCCCACUUCCUACAAACUGGCUUCACUCUCUCCUCCCUACAAUGUGGAACCCUCUUGCAGUCCCUCACCAACACCAAAUCCUUUGCAAAAGGCCAGCAACUCCAUGCUCACGUGACCACUUGCGGUACUCUCCAACAGAACACUUACCUGAACACCAAACUCGCUGCCUUUUACGCGAGUUGUGGCCGUAUGGCAGAAGCCCAGUUGAUUUUUGAUGCGAUUGGUUCGAAGAACAAUUUCUUGUGGAGUUUCAUGAUCAGGGGAUAUGCUUGUAGUGGGUGUUCUUUAAAGUCCCUUGCUUUGUACCGUGAAAUGUUGAGUUUCGGAUGGAAGGCGGACAAGUUCACGUACCCGUUUGUUCUCAAGGCCUGUGGCGAUUUGUUGCUUGUGGAUAUCGGGAGGAGGGUUCAUGGUGAUGUAGUGAUUAGUGGAUUGGAGUCUGAUAUUUACGUGAGUAAUUCUCUGCUUGCGAUGUACUCGAAGUUUGGGGAUAUGGGAACGGCGAGGGUGCUAUUUGAUAGAAUGCCUCUGAGAGAUAUAACGUCUUGGAACACGAUGAUAUCGGGCUAUUUGAAAAAUAAUAAUCCCAAAAAGGCUUUGGUGGUUUUUGAUAUGAUGGCAAAUUCUGGAUUUGGUGUGGAUGGGACUACUUUGCUUGGUAUCCUCUCUGCUUGUGCUGGUCUAAUGGCUUUAAAGCCAGGGAAAACUUUACACGGUUACAUUGUUCGAAACAAUGUUGAGUUUUCUAAUAAGUUUUUGAGGAAUGCUCUUAUUGAAAUGUAUUGCAGUUGUAGCUGUAUGGCAUACGCAAGGCAGCUAUUUGAUGAGAUCAAGCUAAAAGAUAAAGUUUCUUGGAAUUCUAUGAUUUCAGGUUGUGAAAAGAGUGGAGAUGCUUUUGAGAGCUUAAGACUUUUCCGUGAAAUGGUUAAAGAAGGUGAAGGGCCUGAUGAAGUGACUGUUGUAAUAGUUCUUGGAGCUUGUGAUCAGAUUACAGCCUUACAAUUCGGCACCUCUGUUCACUCAUGUCUAGUUAAGAAAGGGUUUGGUAUGAAUACCAUUAUGGGAACUUCCCUCAUAGACAUGUAUUCCAAAUGCGGAAGCUUGGCUUGUUCACGUCGGGUUUUUGAUGAGAUGCCAGAAAAGAACUUGGUUUCUUGGAGUGCUAUGGUUAUGGGAUAUGGGAUUCAUGGGAAGGGAGGAGAGGCCUUGUCCAUUUUUCAUGCUAUGAUAGCGAACAAUAUUCUUCCGGAUGACGGUGUUUUUACUUCUGUUUUAUCAGCAUGUAGUCAUGCAGGAUUAGUCAAUGAGGGAAGACAAAUAUUCCAUCAAAUGUUCAGCGAGUACAAUGUCAAGCCUACACCUGCUCACUAUUCAUGUUUGGUAGAUCUUCUAGGAAGAGCAGGGCACUUAGAUGAAGCAUAUGAGCUUAUCAAAAGUAUGGAAGUUGUUCCUACUAGUGAUAUAUGGGCUGCACUACUUUCUGCUUGCAGGCUGCACCAAAAUGUCUAUCUUGCCGAAAUUCUGGAACAGAAAGUUUUUGAAAUGAACCCAAAUGGGGUGGGUGCCUAUGUUUGCCUUUCCAAUAUUUAUGCUGCAAAGAAAAGGUGGGAUGAUGUUGAAAGGGUAAGAGCCAUGGUUAGAAGGAAAGGACUGAAAAAGCCCCCAGGCUGCAGUUUUGUUGAGGUAGACAAGAUGGUUCAUCAGUUCUUAGUUGGAGAUAGGUCUCACCAACAGACAAAAGAUAUAUACGCCGAGUUGGAGAGCUUAAAUCAGCGACUGAAGGAGGCUGGAUACAAGCCUGAUACAAGUUCAGUUUUUUACAAUGUUGAUGAAGAAGCAAAGGAGAAGAUGCUUUGGGGUCAUAGUGAAAGACUAGCCAUUGCUUUUGCUCUUAUUAACACCGGUCCCGGGACCAUCAUUAGGAUCACAAAAAACCUUCGCGUAUGUGGGGAUUGCCACACGGUGACAAAAUUAAUUUCUAAGAUCGCAUGUCGAGAAAUUAUUAUGCGAGAUAUCCAUAGGUUUCACCACUUUAAAGAUGGAAUCUGUUCAUGCGGUGAUUAUUGGUGAGUUAUACUUAACUAGGAUGUAAUUAUACAUUUAAUACAGAAAUAGGAAAUUCGGAGCU